AUGCGAGGCGCCUUGCCCGACCAAGUCCUUGUGGCGGUUUCGGGUGGUGUUGAUUCCAUGGUGCUGCUGGACUUGACUCGCAAAUGGGCUAAGAUUACCGGCAGUCCGUGCCGUAUCCAUGCCAUGACUGUGGAUCACGGAUUACGACCCGAGAGCACAAAAGAAGCGGAGAACGUUCAUGAGAUCGUGCGCAGCAUGUGUCUGGAUCACGAGAUUGUUCGUGUUUCAGAAAAGAUCGACCCCAAACAGCUGGAAAAAAGUGCCAGGACAUGGAGAUAUAAAUUAAUGUACAAGAAACUGGAGUUGCUGCACAUAGACAAUCUGAUGGUGGCACACCAUUUCAACGACCAGCUAGAAACGUUUUUGAUUCGCUUAGCCACUAACUCGACGCUUUUCGGUCUCUGUGGAAUGCGGCACGUGUCCUCGUAUCCCAUUCUCGAUCCAUUUGGCAGCAAGCGUAUAUUGCGGCCCAUGUUAGACUUUCGCAAAGAAGAGCUCUACGCAUAUGCGCGCGAGCAUAAUCUGGAGUGGUUUGAGGAUUCUACGAAUUAUCAGCCCAUCACGCUGCGAAAUAGAGUCCGCAGGUACUUGCAAACGGGACAGAUAGAUGAGAAUACCGUUGAGCAGCUGGUAUUAAGCGUACGUGGGGCAGUGGACGACGUUGAGAGCGAUUUGCGACAACUGGACAAGGAGAUUUCAGUGAGGUUCAACUCGCGUCUUCUGAAGAUGUCGAUCGUCAUACCGUUAGCGGUUUUCGAACGCUUCCCGCUGCUGUCUCUUGACAGGUUCAUAUUCGAAACGCUCCACUGUGUGUCGGCCAUUUCUAACUAUCACCAUCGCUAUACGACGAUCGACUCAAAACAUGCUACAGUCAACACAAACGAGUGGUCGCUUUCGGAGGCGAUCUUGGACAGGACGGUGCCUGAAAAAUUCAAUCUCCUCAAGUGUCUGGUGAGGGUGGUGCGCUCUGAAAAUAAUAUCCAUCUUCUGAUCACCAGGGCGACUGAAAAAUUCAAACAGCCCGUCGAACGCGUGGUGAACAUCGCCUCCUCUUGGUCUGAGUGGGAGUUGUUUGAUAACAGAAUAUGGUUUCGCGCGAGGGGCAAGCCAGGGUCCUAUACCCUUAAAUUGGAAGCCAACGGACUGCCGGCCUUUUAUCAUGAAGGGCAAUUUUUGUGCUAUCCUACCAUUAGUGGCUGUGGCUUUUUGGAAGUUCAGACUAUGACGAAACCAAUGCGUAUAAUGCAAAUGUAA